CACCAGUCAACUACCAACCACAACCACCACCGCUGCAACAAGACAAACAGCCCCGGCGACAAUCCCCAACCGUCACCUCAACGUUGGGAAUUCAAACCUCUCACCAAUUCAACAAGUCCCGCCCGCUUCAUUUUCCUAUCAUCACACAAUUGUCACCUUGAUCCCUACCUUUGCGACAAAAAAAAAAAAGAAAAGAAAACAUCUCAAAAAAUGCGUGUCACUGCUGUUCUCCGGCAAGCCGCCGCGGCCAGGACUCCCUUGAUCAAGUUCGUCGGCAAGCGGGCAACUCCAGCAGCCGUCGACAGCACCCCCAGAGUCCACCCCGCCUCUCCCACCAACGAAUUACCUGACUCUUUUAUGAAAUAUCGCUCCAGAGCCCAGCAACACGGCCCACUGAAUAGCCCCUCUCGCCCAUCGGCAUACGGCGGCUACAUCGGUGGUCAUUCCGGUGCCUCGUUGGGAUCUGUCCAGCCCAAGCAAGGCGAAUACUUCGACAGAAAUGAUCUCCCAGAACGCUUCCGAAGAAUCCCAUGGUCGCAGGCUGAGAUUGAGGCCAUCGAGACGGGCGGGGCCAGUUUGUUCGCCUAAUAUAUAUAUAUAUAUAUAUAUAUAUAUUAUUAAAGUUAAAAUUGAUAUUAAAAUCGAACAAUCGAAAAGGAGAUAAGGGAAGAGCGGUAGCACUCGCUGUGCGAUGGCGCGAACAGGAUCGAUUUAAGCGACCUUUGCUUUUUUCGAGACCGCUGCUCGUUUUGGAUCAUCGAGCUUUGAUAGCAAUUUCGACACCAGAACGCUCUUUGAUCGCUUUUCGACCUCACUUCAACCGACCGUGGUUAGCAAUGGAGGACGACUUUCCUCUUCCCUCCGUGUGAGGCGAGCACCACUUUGGGGCUUCACCUCACUUCUCUGCCUCCCACCACAUCUCUCCAACAUUAUCUCUAUCUUUGGGCUAUUAUCGGGACUAGAUGACCUCUUUUUUUUUUUUUUUUUUGCUGGGAUUAUAUACCUUGAAUGGCGCUGGUGGUUUGUUUUUUGUAUGCUCAUAUGGUUGCGAGUGAUUACCGAAACUUUCAUGUACUACAUAUGAGCUUCCUCUACUUAUCGGGGCAUUGGACUUUUUCUGCCAUAUUAAGGACGGGCUGUUGCAUGUACUGGAGCUGGCUCAUUUGUGUCAGGUACUGUAGCUACUUAUGCAUUUUGCAGAGAAUCCACUAGUCUUACCGUUA